CGUAUGUAUAUUAGUUAAAAACCGAUUAUGAUACUUGGCUACUGCCACUUGUGUUCAAAUUAAUAAAUAGUUACUGCUAUCAUAAUCAAUAGUGCGCAAUAAAAUGUACGAUUGUCCCACUGAAAGCACCUCAUAUAGUCUGUAGUCCAAUUUGCUGCUAUAUACAUAUAAAAAUACGUAUUAUAAAGUUCACUAACCUCGAUUAUAUACAUACAUGUUCGUUUGCCUGAUAAGUAAUUAGUUGUCCACAAAAACAAAGCUAAUUGAAUUGUGUGCAAAGCGAAUUUGACUGUAUAUUAAUACACUCAUACAACAAAGUAUUUGUAAGAGCAACAAAGUGGCAAGGACGUUCAUCAUCUGGCGACUAUCGACUAGACUAUCGACACUAUGUUGCCAGAUAGUUAAAUGAGAAACCGUUAAUUGUGAAAAUAUGCUUAAAAUGUUUCCUGUGCAUUGCAAUAAUUGCUUUCAAAAACGGGAGGCUGUUCCCAGUUCCGAAUUUCAACUUGCUCGCUGCCAUCAUAUAAUCUGUGCGAGCUGCUUGCCCAAUGCAAGCAAUGGCGAUCGAAAGUGUCCUGUCUGUAAGCGCAGCUUUCACAGCGUUGCCAUUACAACCUCAAUGCCAACCCAUGCCGCCAAUUACUUUACGAAUCCCAGCAUUUUUUUGAAAAUGUAUCGGAGCAUUAGCCAAUUCCAAAGUGAUCAGCGUAACUCUUACUAUGCACACUACUAUAACAAUCAGGCUCAGCUCCCGAAGAAAAAACUUAAGCUGCAGGGCUACCUAAAACUGGAGGCACAAUUGCGAGAGCAAAAUACCAACGAAAUGCGACGCAUCGCCGAGUUACGUAACUACAUCGAUUACUACGAACGGAAUGACAAAAAGCGCCUUGGCAAUGCAAGCUACAGUUCUUCCGAAAUCUCGAGCUCGUCGCACAGGUCGUGCCGCCCACGUACGCCCUCAUUCAGCGCCACAGACGACACCACACUCACUGAUGAGGCUGACAUGAACGAAAGCGUCCACACGGAGAAAUUUGAUAAGCUCCUCUCUCAGGCAACCUUAACAAUAUCCCAACGUUCUAAGAUUAAGAAGUCUAUGAAGCGAGACUUUAGAAAUAAGUCCAAAAGCACCUAAGAAAGCACAGC